AUGGCAGGGGGAUACACCUGUGUCCAGUGCCUGAGUGUGCUUCGACAGGGGAUCCGGGUGUCCGGUACUCCAGGUCGUCUCCAGAGCCUGGCUAAUCUGCGACGAAGAUCUGCUGUUUCUCCAUCGUGGAUCCGCAGCUUUGGCUCAGAGCGCAACAACCGCUCCCUAGGAGGGUAUACCCCCGAGCAGGGAAAGAAUGCCACUGGAAAGACGCCCGCGAAUCCGUCACCGUCUGCACCGUCGGCGCAGAGAGCCGCUUCCACGUCAGCCGGUCCCUCCGUCGAUACGCGAGCUCUUUUAAAGCCCGACAACCUAUUCCACUCCUUCUCGAACUCACCCUCGCCUGCGAUCCGCCAACGUGCUGCUUUCAUUAAACAGAAUGCAUUUUGCCCUCACCCGAGCCAUCAGCAGACCCGCGCUCCUGUAUCGCCUCACGACCCGGAAGCGCGAAAGACAUCCGACGAGACCAGUCAGCCGCCGGCCCAUUCGCACUUCGAGUGUCCCGAUUGUGGUGUCCCAAUCUAUUGUUCCGAGGGCCACUGGAUGGAUGACUUUGAGGCUCACCUCGAGGUCUGCGAGACCAUCCGACAGAUCAACGAGGAUGACCAUGACUUGCACUCCGGCCGCCACUUCCCUGAAUUCUCGUACCCAGGCGUCCAGGACGACAACUUCGUUAUUAACAUGACCAACUGGGAUACCUACAUGUACACUCGCGAGUAUGAUGCUAUCAACUCCGAUCGUUCCAUGCGCCAGGUCACCCGCAUGCUCACCUACCCGCAGACCAUUGCGAGUGUCCUGCAUGAGCUUAGCCCUUACAGUGUCCGUGGCAAGAACCGUUUGACAGGAGAGGGAUUAAAGAGUUUGAGCGGUACGUUCAGCUUGGAUCUAGGACAAUCGAUCUCGUGCGCUGCGGUAUUCCUGCACCCUCCCAAGACGGGUGAAGAUGUCGAUAUCAAGGGUCUGCGUCUGAAGGCUCCUCCAGUCCGCAUCUUCAUUUUGGGCGCACGGGCGGAGUCCUCCCUGCCCCGUGAUGUCUGGAUGCAGCUCUCUUACAUGUUCCCCCAAGCUCUUCUGCACAUCAUCUUCAUCGGCCCCGAAAGUAUGGCCAACCGCGACUCCGAGUUCCCCCUUCCAGAGCGCACCCCCGAGAACCCCUUCGGCGGUAUCGUCGAGGACCGUCUAGGUGGGCAGAUGAAGAUUACCACCUACGUUGACUACUUCCACACCAUGUAUAAAGCGCAGUACUUCCAGCCCUUUGACCCCUCGCACGAAUGGACUGAGACUCUUCCUCAGCUCUUGGAGACCAAGGUUCCCAUUCUCUGUACCGGAUACACCCAGUGGGAUAUGGAACGUGAUAUCAACUGGGUUCACGAGAAGUGUGCGGGUGAAUUCGAUCUUCUGCUCGAACCUGGUGAGAACAUAUUCCGCAGUCUGCGCUGGGAUUUGAAUGACCUCGACCCGCAUGAUGUUUCAUGUGGAAACUGGGGUCUGUGGGCGUUCCGUGGUAAGAGGUAUGAGGCCACAUUCAAGGCGGAGUAG